AUGCAGGACAUUCGACUCACGGCCAUGUUGAUGGCCUGCCUGACGCUCUUCCCAUCCUCUGCAACUGCUUUCUGGCGUCUUCCUUGCCGUGGAAGAUCCGGUUCAGCCCGACUCGAUCCUAUUGUGGACCCUGGCAAGGUCUCAGGCCACACGCACGUUGUUCACGGAUCUGGAAACUUUGGAAUGAGUUCCGACCAGGCCUCUCUCCAGGAAUCUGACUGCACAUCAUGCGCAGUCACGCAGGAUAAAUCUGCUUACUGGACCCCGGCUCUUUACUUCAUGCACACCAACGGCAGCGCCGAAAUGGUUGAGGAGGUAGGAGGCAUGCUUGCCUAUUACCUUCUCUACGGAGAGAACAUCACCGCGUUCCCUGAAAACUUCCGCAUGCUGGCAGGCGAUCCUUUCCAGCGUAACUUCACCUGGCCGGUCCCUGACCCUCCCAAAUCUGCAUGGACUGGUGCUCAGGCCUCGCAGGCCGCCUUGCGCCAGAAGGCCCUUGGAUUUAACUGUUUGAACUAUCAGGGUACCGCUGAAGCCUCUCUCGGUCGUCACUUCCUGCCCAACAAGACCUACCUUGAUGAGCAUUGCACCGAUGGCGUUCGAUUCGAGUUGAUGUUCCCAUCUUGCUGGAACGGCAAGGAUACUGACUCAGAUGACCACGCCUCCCACGUCGCAUACCCCUCUCUGGUCAUGGACGGUACCUGUCCCGAGGGCUAUGAAACUCGCUUGGUAUCACUCUUCUACGAGACGAUCUGGAACACGUACGCUUUCAAGGAUGUGGAUGGAUACUUCGCGCUUGCCAACGGUGAUCCCACCGGAUACGGAUACCACGGUGAUUUCAUGCAAGCUUGGGAUGAAGGUGUGCUGCAGGAGGCUAUUGAGACCUGCACCAGUGAAACAGGUAUCGUCGACGAAUGUGAGGUUUUCGACAUCCAGACCCAGGACAAGCAGCAGCAGUGCGAGUUCGAAAUGCCAUCGGCUUUGAAAGAUGAGAAUGUCUUCAUGUACCCCGAGGGAUUGCCAGGCGGCAUGACUAUCGAGUGGGGCCCUGCCUACGCCAUGAUGGACAUGGGCUCUGGAAACUCCGGACACUCUGGACACCACUCCGGACACCACUCAUCAUCGACUACUACUGCUCCUGGUCUCAUCCCGACUCUCUCGCUCCCCGCGAUCCCCACCUUGUCUCUUGGAGGUGGAAUCUCGAUUGAUACCGGCAACCUGCUUGACAAUGUUCACGCCGCUAACACUGCUGCCGACACCGAAACCACCACUGCUGCUCCCACAACUACAUUCACUUCUACUUCUACCCCAUCGCCAAUCCCGACCCCGGUCACCUCUACCAUCAUCGACCCUAUCACGGAGGAGAUCGUCUACCUCCAGCGCGAUAUUGUCGUUUUCGUCGAUGGACAGGGAACCCCGAUCUCGACCAGCACUGGUAGUGCUCGCACCGUCUCCUCAGCCACCACUACUGUGACUGAGACUUCUACAUCUGUCUCCUACGUCAAGAAGGACACUGUUCCCGAACCUGUUGAGGAAGAGAAGCACUCUCGCCAUGUGCGCAGACACCUCCACCACCGCCACGGUCACACCCACAACAACAUCUAA